AUGAACGCCCUCAUCACAACGCUCUACGGCCUCCCCCGCUCCGGCACGGAGAGCCUCAGCCUCGCCCUCACGCAGCUGGGCUACAAGCCCUUCCACGGCUGGGACCUACUCUUCGACACGGCGGCGCACAUCCAAGUGUGGGCGCAGCUGGCCGAACGCAAGUACGGCCAAGGUGAUCCUGAACACGCGCCGCGACGUGGCGGCGUGGUAGCGCAGCGCGCGGCAGGCCUUCGUGACGGACGGCGCCGCGCAUUGGGGCCUGUGGGUGCUGCAUCUGUUCAGUGCGGAGGUGUUUUGGCGGUGGCGCCUUUCUUGGGCAAGGAGGUCCCGCUGGAGCCGUUUCCCCAGACCAAUACCGGGGAAGGGUUUCGGAAUCGCGUUGAGAAGAGAGUCGGGCCCUGGCGGCGGACGGCGUUGGUGAAUUUUGCCCUCACGGUCACUUCGGUGGGGGUGCUGGGGAAUGGCGGUGGUGUUUGGGGCGCGGAAGGGGGGCUGGGGGUGAUGGCCUGCUGUCAGGGAGAUUCCGGGAUUGAUUGGGGCGCGGUGGUUCUAGUGCGGUGA